GUUUUAUUUUAUUUUUUUAUAUAUAGUGAUGCAUUCCAUUGGAAAGGAAGCGUGCUUUCUCGCCCUCUCUCCAGCAAUAAGCUUCAGACCAAAGGCCAGCUCUAUUGGUGGGUGGGCCCUCUGAUGCUGGUUGGCUCAUUCAUGCUUUGAGGGCUCAUUCAGAUCAUUUUGAGAGGGUGGAAUCUGUUUCGAGAGGUCAAAAAUGGAUAAGACAACGAUCGCACUUGAAGCCAUAAGCAAGGAGACCGUCGACCUGGAGAACAUCCCUGUUGUAGAAGUUUUCGAGAAGUUGAAGUGCACAAAACUCGGCCUAACCACUAAUGAAGUCCAGAAGCGGCUCGAGGUUUUCGGUUAUAACAAGCUUGAGGAGAAAGAGGAAAGCAAAAUCCUCAAAUUCCUGGGCUUCAUGUGGAACCCCCUCUCGUGGGUCAUGGAGGCCGCCGCAAUCAUGGCAAUAGGACUUGCACACGGAGGAAACAAAGGGUGGGAUUACCCUGAUUUCGUUGGAAUCAUUGCGUUGCUUGUGAUCAACUCCACCAUCAGUUUCAUAGAGGAAAACAAUGCAGGGAAUGCCGCUGCGGCCCUCAUGGCCCGCCUUGCACCGAAAGCAAAGGUUUUACGUGACGGAAAAUGGAGUGAGGAGGAUGCUUCUGUGUUGGUUCCAGGAGACAUAAUUAGCAUCAAACUUGGAGACAUCAUUCCUGCUGAUGCCCGUUUGCUUGAAGGAGAUCCUCUGAAGAUCGAUCAGUCUGCUCUCACAGGAGAAUCACUUCCGGUAACGAAGAAUCCUGGUGAUGGAGUCUACUCCGGUUCAACUUGUAAACAGGGAGAAAUCGAAGCGGUUGUUAUAGCUACCGGAGUGCACACCUUCUUUGGGAAGGCUGCCCAUCUUGUAGAAAACACAACCCACGUCGGCCACUUCCAGAAGGUCCUGACGGCCAUUGGGAACUUCUGCAUCUGCUCGAUCGCCGUUGGGAUGUUGUUUGAGAUUGUGGUGAUUUUCGGUCUUCAAGAAAGGGGUUUCCGUGAUGGGGUUGACAACCUGCUUGUCUUACUUAUUGGAGGCAUUCCCAUUGCCAUGCCAACAGUUCUCUCAGUCACUAUGGCCAUCGGUUCUCACCGCCUGUCACAGCAGGGGGCUAUUACGAAGAGAAUGACAGCUAUAGAGGAGAUGGCAGGAAUGGAUGUGUUGUGCAGCGACAAGACGGGUACCUUGACUCUCAACAAACUCACCGUCGACAAGACUUUGAUCGAGGUGUUCGUGGAUGGAGUUGACAAGGAUGUGGUGGUACUGAUGGCAGCACGGGCCUCGAGGUUGGAGAACCAGGACGCCAUCGAUACUGCUAUUGUCUCAAUGUUAGCUGAUCCUAAGGAGGCACGGGCGGGGAUCACAGAGGUUCACUUCCUUCCAUUUAACCCGACCGAUAAGAGGACAGCUCUUACGUACUUGGAUGGUGCUGGUAAAAUGCACCGGGUGAGCAAAGGUGCACCUGAACAGAUCCUCAAUUUGGCCUGGAACAGAUCAGACAUAGAAAAGAAGGUGCACGCCAUAAUUGAUAAAUUUGCUGAGCGUGGGCUUCGAUCCCUUGGGGUUGCUCGUCAGGAAGUACCUGAUGGCACAAAAGACAGUCCCGGUGGGCCAUGGGAGUUCGUUGGGCUUCUCCCUCUAUUUGAUCCGCCCCGACAUGACAGUGCCGAGACGAUCAGAAGAGCACUGGACCUCAGCGUCAGUGUUAAGAUGAUUACAGGUGACCAGCUUGCGAUAGCAAAGGAGACAGGCAGGAGGCUCGGAAUGGGCACAAAUAUGUAUCCUUCCUCGUCCUUGCUUGGUGAAAGCAAGGAAGAGUCCUUCGCAGUCCACCCCGUCGAUGAGCUCAUCGAGAAAGCCGAUGGUUUCGCCGGUGUUUUUCCUGAGCACAAGUAUGAGAUCGUGAAGCGCCUGCAGACUAAGGAGCACAUCGUGGGAAUGACCGGCGAUGGAGUUAACGAUGCGCCUGCUUUAAAAAUAGCGGACAUUGGUAUUGCUGUUGCUGAUUCUACUGAUGCUGCUCGUAGCGCCUCUGACAUAGUCCUUACCGAGCCCGGGCUUAGUGUGAUCAUCAGUGCUGUCUUAACAAGUCGGGCUAUCUUCCAAAGAAUGAAGAAUUACACGAUAUAUGCGGUUUCUAUCACGAUACGCAUUGUACUCGGGUUUAUGCUACUCAAUGCCUUCUGGGAAUUCAGCUUUCCCCCUCUCAUGGUUCUCAUUAUCGCUAUCCUUAAUGACGGUACAAUUAUGACGAUAUCGAAAGAUAGAGUCAAGCCGUCUCCAUCUCCAGACAGUUGGAAGCUGAGUGAAAUCUUCACCACCGGAAUAGUCAUCGGGGGUUACCUUGCCCUUAUGACCGUUAUAUUCUUUUUUGCAGCAUAUGAGACGAAUUUCUUCCCGGAUCAUUUCAACGUGAAGAACUUCAACAAGCACAAGCACAAUAUUUCCGAUCCUGACACAAAGAAGUUGCUGGACAAACAGUUAGCCUCUGCUGUCUAUCUUCAAGUCAGCACCAUCAGUCAGGCACUCAUCUUCGUGACCCGUUCCCGAGGAUGGUCUUUCAUGGAAAGACCCGGUCUGCUCCUCGUAGCCGCUUUCAUCAUUGCCCAACUGUUGGCAACUAGUUUAUCGGCUCUGGUGACAUGGAACCUUGCCGGAAUCGCAAAGAUCGGGUGGGGAUGGACCGGCGUGAUUUGGCUAUACAACAUUGUGUGCUAUGCCUUGCUCGACCCGAUCAAGUUUGCAGUCCGUUACGCACUCAGUGGGAGGGCCUGGGGCCUCGUAUACAACAAAAGAACUGCAAUGACAACCCAGAAGGACUUUGGAAAGGAAGCUCGAGAGGCUGCGUGGGCAGCUGAGCAGAGGACCAGACACGGCCUCUCUUCCAUGGACUCGAAAACUAUGUUCGAGAAGCAUACUUUCCGAGACAUCAAUCUCAUGGCCGAAGAGGCCAAGAGACGUGCAGAAAUUGCAAGGAUGAGGGAGCUUCACACACUGAAAGGGAAGGUAGAGUCGUUUGCAAAGCUCCGGGGUCUAGACAUUGAUGUGAAUCCACACUACACCGUAUGAUCUUGUCCACAUUAUCACUCCAACAGAUUCGGUCUCAAUUUCAUUCCCUUUUUCGUUUUCUACUUUUGAUUCCAUCCUUUUCACGCAUUUAUUCUUCGGAGAUUGUUUACCUUUGUGGCUACCCAUAAAAGUUCGACAGCCCCAGAAGCUUAGUCAAGCGACAUGAACCGCGAAUAAAAGCCUGUAACUGCCGAUGUACUGAUAUCAGAAGCUGCUUCAUAA